GUCACAGCAGCUACACUGUAACAUGUGGGAGGAACUACUUCCGGUUCUACAGUGGACUCUUGCAUGAGUUUGUACUGUUUUAAAGCGUGAAGAGACCGUGGGACAGAGGGAACAGAAUAUGCCUUUCCUCCACGGGUUCAGGAGGAUCGUGUACGAGUACCAGCCACUGGUGGAUGCUGUGAUGAGUGUCCUGGGAACAGAAGGAGGAGAAAACCAGCACAGACAAGAGGAUGAAGAAAGCAUCUCAAGGGCCCUUGUGGAGCUUCUGGAUAGAGAGUCUCAGUCUCCCGUCUUCAUGCAGGGAAUCAGCUACUCCCUGUUUCGAGUGGCUGAACUGGGGUUGGUCGGCGCAGCAAAGGUGCUCUUGCGUUACGGAGCUGAUCUCAACUUUGAAGACCCUGUAUCGUACUACAACCCCUUACACAUUGCAGUGUUGAGGAACAAGCCAGACAUGGUGCAGAUGUUGAUAUCUCACGGAGCUGAAAUCAACAAGAGGGACAGGAUUCAUGAAAGCAGCCCUCUUGACCUGGCCAGCGAGGAGGCGGAUAAGCUGCCGUGUUUGCGUGUGCUCCUGGACUUGGGUGCUGAUGUGAAUGCGAAAGACAAGAAUGGAAAAACUGCACUGCUUCAUGCUCUGGCCAGCAGUGAUGGACUCACAGUCAAUAAUGUGGACAAUAUAGAGCUGCUUCUACAAAGAGGUGCAGAUGUGAACGCCACCACACAUGACGGCGAGACCCCCAUGUCCUCUCUGAUCUUCCUGGUGAAGGAGGCUCUGGACAGCAGCGUUGAGGAUGCGAAGGAGAUCGGGCGUUUCUGUACCCGCGUGGCACGUGUUCUGAUCAGCCACGGUGCCGAUCCCAGCUGCUGCUUGAACGCUGCUGACGGGGAAGAGUGGGAACAUUCACUAACAUACACCAUUCUGGAGAACUUCGACUUGCUAUUUCCCCUGACCGCCCUUCUACUCCAGCACGGCGCUUCCUUCGUCUGCUCUCACCACAGCGCCUCCUUCUGGACGGGUCAACAACUGAUAUUCACGCGUCUCGCUGAAGCUCUCCGUGAGCCUUUAGAUGCCGCCGAGCUGGCUGAUGUUUUAGCCAAAGCUGAAGUGCUGUUGGAUCUGGCCAGGAUCUGCUCUCCUGUCAUUCCUCCUCUCUUCCCGCGCUCACAACUGCCCGUUCUGGACCAGGUUUCUACCCAUAAGCCCCUGCUGGAGCUCUACAGCAAACUAGAGGACCAAGAGAGCCGGCCGCUGCCAUUGAGAUGCCUUUGCCGGAGACUGAUCCGCCGCUGUCUGCAGCCGUGGCCCUUUGAGGAGAAGGUGAAAGCCUUGCCACUGCCGGACAGACUGAAGGACCUGCUGCUCCCAGAGAACUACUGGACCAACAGACCCGGCUGGGACAGAUUCAAACCUCGACGUUCUCCGCGCUGAUCCACACGGACUGUGUGUGUGGUUGUAUAUAUCGAGCCCUUAAUGACCUCUGCAUUCAGUCAAAUCCAGAUAAAAGUGAUGCGGUGCUUGUUUCUUUUGAAUCAGCAUGCAGAAAGAUCAUUUGUCUGUUCAUCUGAGAGUGGGAAACUAGCAAAAAUAUGUAUAUGUCUUGUAGUUGUCAGUGUUCUCAGUGCCAAAAUGCCAGUAACCACACUGUAUUACAUAUCACCAGGUAAUUUUCUGUUGGUUUUGUAGUUUCUUUUAGUAUGAAAAGGAAUAAUUGUUUACAGUUACUGAUGAAUCUUUAAUAUUGUGCACUCAUGUGUGUAUAUUUUUAAGCUGAUUUGCUGAUUGGAUAUCAUUUAUAUGAUAUACUUAAAAUGCCUUAACAAGAUCAACUUUGUUGCUGGAACAUUGGAAAAAAAUGCUCUCUCGUGUGUGUGUGUGUGUGUGUGUGUGUGUGUAGUUUUUCACCUGUUGUACGUCUUUAAAAUAUGAGGCUGUAAGUUGUCAUAAUGCUUCUGGAGAAUCAAAGCUCACUUUAAAGGAAUUAAAUGCCUUUGUUAAAAAUCAA